AGUCCUUUUCCUUUUGCCCCCCAUCUCUUAGAGGACACAGGUACCUCAAUAUCUUUCUCCUCCUCCUCUUGGACACUUGGGGGACACAUUUCAUCAUUAUCUUCUCCCAGGCAGGGCCGGCCUUAGGGGUGCGCCAGCUGGGCGCAAUAGCAACAGGGGCGCCGGGCGGCCGACACAGCUCGCAUCAGGAAAAUGUUAUUUGUAUUGCCCGACGUGCAGUUCCGGUGUGAGGUGCCGGGCAGAUAUGAAUUUCUUCACAAGCAGAAGUAGUCGGGGCUGGUGACGUGAAGAUACACCGGCGCCGAGAAGAGGACUAUCACAAAUCAACUCUCUCAAAUAUUUGUAAAACUGGAAACCAUAGCUGACCAAGUAAUGGAUGGGAUGGAACCGAUCGCACAGGCCUCGGCCUCAGAACUCAAGAUGUCACUGGUGACUCCAAUACGGGCGGCCAUCCGAAUACGCAGAAAGAUCCGUAACCUGAAGAAAAGUCACCAGCAGCUUGAUCUAUCCGGUAGAAAUUCUGCAGAAGGUUCCAGAUCCUCCCUUCUUCGACGACAGUUCUCCACCGACAGUAGGGUAGGCUAUCAUUCCCCUAAAUUUUUUAAUUUCGAUACCCCAUCGUUGGACCAGGUCGCAUUGAGUAACCUAAAACGAAAGAAGAAGCGCAAGAAGUCCAGGCCGGUACUCUAUCCAGGGAAUGGUAGGAAAUAUCUACCCGUAGAACAUAAGAGCAAAGCAAAACGUUGCCUCAUCCUCUUCUUCGGGAUUGUGUGCUUCCAAAUCCUGAACGCCAUUGAGAACCUAGACGAUAAUGUACUGAAAUACGAACUGGAUGGACUGGAAAAGACUAUGCAGAGGGAGGUAUUUGGGCAAAAAAUUGCCAUUGAUAAAAUAACGGACCUCUUAAAGGACUACCUGGCCACACAUUGGCAUAAUAAACCAUUGGUGAUCUCUAUGAAUGGACCAAGUGGAGUUGGUAAGAGCCACAUGGGUCGGAUCCUAGCCAAACAUUUCCGAUCGGUGGCAGAAAGCGAUGAUUUCGUUCUCCAAUAUUACGUGAUGCACAACUGUCCCAGUGACAGCAAUAUUGGGACUUGUGAGACUGAUCUCUCCAAAAUGAUAUCAGACAUGGUCACUCGGGCGGAGUUAGAGGAGAAAAUUCCCAUCUUCAUAUUUGAUGAAAUGGAGCUCAUGCCUCCAUCUCUUUUGGAUAUGCUGCAUGGAUACUUCCAACUAAACCAAGAUAAUGAGUAUCUCAACGCCAUCUAUAUCCUGAUCAGCAACAUAGGAGGCAAUGAGGUGACUAAAUAUUAUCUGCAGAACGUCUCCAGUGAUGUCUUAAAUGUCCCUCAGGAACUUCACGACAUCAUACAGUCUUCCUUGAGGCAGCAUCAUAACCUUUGGGAUGUUGCCGAAAUCGUUCCUUUCAUCCUUCUGGAAAAGAGUCAUAUAGCAAAUUGCUUCUUAGAUGAAUUGUUACGUGAAGGAUUUUACCCAGAUAAUAGUAACAUUGAGAACCUGGCAGGACAGCUAAAAUAUUACACCAUCCGAGACAAGCAAUACUCCAUCACUGGCUGUAAACAGGUUGUAUCCAAGGUGAAUCAUCUACAUCCGUACACUUGAUCAUAAAGGAUUGGGACUACAGACUUGUGAGUCUGAUACUCUACAAAUGGGUCUUGAAUGACCGCCAUGGAUUGUGCCACCAACGACUGUGAAGGGUGACUCCAUGAAAUGAUGUCUCUUUGUAGGACCAAAGCUAAGCCAGGACUAAACUCAUUCUGAUGAGUAAAAAGGCUUCCAAAGGAGUUUUUAAGAAAGAAAAAUUUAUAAUGAAGGGUAAUAAGUGAUGAUUUUUAGGGUAAUAAUUAAAAAAAAAUAU